GAUAACGACUCUCUGGGGACGAUGGGAGAGCGGCGUCGUCGCGCCUCUAGCUAAAGAAAAAGGCCCUUUUCCUUCGCGAGUGACAUUAUAGUAGUCGUCUUUGCCUCGGCCACCCAAACACGCCCACGCGCGCGCGCCCACCCACGUCGUCGUCGUGGAGGAAGGUAGAGAGGGGGUUUCACGGAAAUUAAGUAAGGGCGGACGCGGUGCCCCCGUCAAGACAGUGUUUUUCGCUAAUGAGACUAUAGGAGCCGUAGUACUAGUGUGGUUUGGUGGUGGCGCCUCUCUCCUCCUCUACUGUAUAACAUUUCCAGCGGACGACGAGCGCUUACGCUAAAUAGUCUCAUAAUCGUCAUAUUUUUUUUUUUUUUUUAUCUUUUUUUAUAUUUAAUCUCUCUCCCUCUCCUUCUCCCUCUCUCUCUCUCCUGCUUGUAAAACACCCCCUUCGGCUCUAACCGCAAAUUACUGUUGCUUAAACAGAGAGAGAAAGAGUAAUUAAGUUCCCGACGACCAGCGCGAGAAGAGACAUCAGUUAGAAUUGGAAUCGAAAUUUAUGUAAAUGGAAAAUUGACGCAUAAUGGAUGAUUCCAAACGUUGCGUUAGAACUCUCCGCUGACUGAGCGUAGGUCUAAAUCCCGUCAACAGUUAUCCCGUUUGUUAAGUUACAGUUUUUGAGUUUGUUAUAUAUAAAUAUAUAUAUAAAACCGCGGAGUGAUGCGUGUAGUAGUACCACUGACCGAAUUCCACGAUGUGCGGGACCACCGAAGGGCGCCGCGGUGGUCGCUGUCGUAGGGACUUCAACAAGCGGGCAGACGACGACUUGGCAAUCGGCCGGCCAGCCCUCACGGCACCAGCAGGAGCAGCCACUACUCCUAGUACUAGUACGACUACUACUACUAUUCCUCCUACGGGUAACCGAGGACAGUGACGCAGAGACAAGACAGAGACUCCGAGUAUUUAUUUAAGUCUAUAAAAAGAGAGAUAAAUCCUCCGUUUUUUUUCCAAAUGACAUCGAUGUGUAGUACGUUGCGUAGUCCGAGUGUGAAGGACAUGUGCGACUCGUCCGAAAACAUGGACACGCGCUCCGAGCCCUCGCAGCAGGGCACGGACAACGACGGCGACGACGAGAUCUCCGUCGGGAGCCACUCGCCGCUCCCCCGCCAGGAUGACACCGACGACUCCAUGAUCGAGGUGGACGACAACACCAACGAGGAGGAGGAGGAGGAAGAAGAAGGCGACGACGAGAAGGGGGUGGCCAGCCCCAAGGUAGAGCCCCCGGACCCGGCCAUGAGCCCCGGGCCGCCCAGGACGCCGCCGGCGGCCCACCAGGGCAACAACGCCCUCCUCCACAGGUCCCUCAAGUUCUCCAUCGACAACAUCCUCAAGCCGGACUUCGGGAGGCGCCUCAAGUGCGUCGAGACGAGCGAGCAGCCCGUGGACCUCUCGCGCGACCCGAACCGCGAGGGCGGCAAGAAGGGAGGGGGGCCCUUGGAUCCGUCGAGGGCGCUGGCCGUGGCUCCCAACAGCCUGCUCAUGAAGGAGAGAGAGGGCACGGGGAGCACCCUCUGGCCGGCGUGGGUCUACUGCACCCGCUACUCCGACAGACCUUCUGCAGGUCCCAGAACGCGCAGGAUCAAGAAACGUGACAAGAAGGACGAGAAGCGGCCCCGGACGGCUUUCACCUCAGACCAGCUGGCCAGACUGAAGAAGGAAUUCCAGGAGAACAGAUACCUGACGGAGAAAGAGGCGGCAGGACCUAGCGAGAGACCUGGGCCUGAACGAGAGCCAGAUCAAGAUUUGGUUCCAGAACAAGCGAGCCAAGAUAAAAAAGUUCCUGGCCCUCUCCCAGCAGACCGCCGGCCAGAAGAAUCCGCUCGCCCUUCAGCUCAUGGCCCAGGGGCUCUACAACCACUCGACCAUCCCCAUCCGAGACGAGGACGAGGAGAAGCUCCUGCCGCCCGUAUGAUCCACGCCCUACGGGGGCCUGGGGGGGAGGAUCCUGCUGGGGGGACUUGGCUGAGGGAAAGAUGAACAGCUGCCUGCUCCAAAACAUCUCCCGCCGCUCUCCUUUUUAUUAUUAUUAUUUUUUUUGGAUGAUCUCUCUCUUUUUUUUUUUAUUUGAGAUCCUUGAUUUUUGAAAAGGGUCGAGUCACGGGAUUGGCGAAAAGGAGAGACGGAAGGAAGGAAGGGGAUCUGGCUGCUGCUGCUGCUACUGCGAUAUCCUGAUGAUGCUGAUAUCAUUUUUGAAGUCCUCCAUAGUUAGUACCGAAAAAUACAUCCGGCAGUGUAUGAAAUCGUACAUAUUUCAGAAGCCGAUGGCUGCUACAGUGGUCAGUUGUAAUCGGAGCCGAAAGGAAUGUGCUAUUUGGUAAUAUAUUAUGAUUUGUCAAUUUGCUUUGGAACCGAACUGAUUUGCUAUUUAACAAGUUCUUUGGCUUGCCGAAGGUGACAGGAAAUGAGUUGCUUGCAAGCACAUUUAAAAAAUAAAAGCAUUUAAAGAAGAAUAAAUUUCAAACCGUCAUGGAAUCUUGUUUAAAAAAAAGAGUGUAUUACGAAAAAUAAAUGAUUUCAUAUUUUCGAUAAAUAUACAAAAAUUACGUCAUUUUCGAGUGACUAUUGAUCAAACACCACUGUAAGCCGUUUCUGAAAAUACGCAUCAGAAAAAAAGUAAAAAGAAAUAAAGUCGUAGAUAAACAACAUUCCUUUUAAGUCCUCAAAAAAUUAAGGUACAAACCAACAAGUGAUUCUCACGUGAAAGGGCGAGAACGACUCUCUCGUGAUUCUUCUCCUAUCUGGGUAUUCGACAGGAAAAUAAAUCACGGAGGAUAAAUAACAGGUACGUAUGAUAACUUCAGCGCCGAGUCUACACUACAGGGAAAACUAGAGUAAGGCACGAGAACUCCUGUGCGUUUCGUACGAUGGUCGAUAACCUGGAGUCGUUCUUCCUUCCUCCAGAUGUACGAUGACUCUUACGUUUGGCAUCGCCCCCCACCCCCCAAAAUCCCCCCAAAUUUAGCUUCCAUUUUUCCAAGCAAAAAACAAACGUCUUGUUUUUUUCUUCUGAACGCUCGACUGUCAGAAAACAUAGCGUAGAAAUGUUCGUGGCAAAAAAAAAAAUUAAUAAUAAUAAUAAAUAAAUAAAUAAAUAAUAAUAAGUAGGUCUUGUCGCUCUGUGUGAAGACGCAUGAACGUGCAGUGAAAUAAAUAUUGGAAACUUGUAGAGAAAUAUAACCCACUACUAUUAAUGAAAAAUAAAACAAAACGCGUGGAUCUGCUGUGACCUAUAAUAGUUCCCAACCUCAGUUUCUACGGAAAUUCGUGUGUCCUGCCACUGAAGAAAACGGCAAAUACGCAGUAAAAAUGCACAAGUAUUAACCCCAAAAGUGAAUUUGUGUCAAAAGUGAAAAAAAAAAAAAAAAAAAACCAGAAAACUGACAAACACGCACCCAGAAAAAAAAAGUGAAAAAAAGAGAGAAGUGGAUUGUGGCGUCAAUAGAUAAAGGGAUUGUGAAGAAAAACGAACGAUUGUAAUCGUGAAAUAAGCUUAUUGAACUUCCUAAUUUUAUAUAAUACAUAAAGCAGUAGAUUUCUCCCAUUACAAUAAAAAAAAAAAAUAAAAGGUUAUAAUGGUAGUUUAAUGUUGGCGGGAAGGUCCGUAGAUUAUUUUGGCUGACU